AUGCCGCUGGUCUCUUACUCGUCACCUUCUCCAUCACCCGAGCCUGACGUGUGUGUAAACAAGCAGGGCCAAUCUGCCACGGCACCAUCUCCAGUCGUCGAGACGCCAAAGCCUCCGCGAACAUCCACGUCCGAGCUCGAGCAGCGCCCUCCUGCUCGAAAAAGGUACGUGCCACGGUACUUCAGAUAUCUUCCGAGCCCACACACUUACGUGAAGCAUUGACUCGACUCGAAAGGCUCAAGGCACCCUUUUCGGAGCGGAACAAGGAAGUGUUCAGUCGCUCAAAGGUUCUACAAGACCCUUUGGCUGUGCCGGGCCUGUGGCCUUGUUAUGUGUACGCACCCAGUGAGUCAUAGAUCCAUUCCAGAACAGUCUUCAAGCGCUUGACAACUCGAGCAGCGUCACUGACCGAUGAUGCAUUCGCGACCAUCAUAGCCUUUGACGAAGUCGAUAGCGCUUUAGGACGGGUCGUCACCAUCCUUUCCAAAGCUCGCAAAGCAUUGGAGCACCAAUUCGGCAGUCCCAAAGAAGCACAGCACCAAAUCUCGUCCGUUGUGUCGAACGCAUUCGGAAUGGAAGGCGAAUCGGACCUCCGCUUGAUAGAAGCGCCGCAUGUGUCCCUCUGCCGUGCCACGCCCGUCGAGAAGCGUGAGCGAUCUGCCUUUGCCGAGGCAGCUCGGAUUGUCGCGCAACGUACAGCACCGUGAGUUACAAGAAUGAGGUCUCUCUUCGCCUCCAGCGGCAGGGCCCACGACUGUCUCGAUUGACACCAUGUAUUUGGGUCCAGCUUCAAAGUCUCUUUUGCGCGCUUCUGCGCUCUGGUCAACGAUCACGAGUCUCGCAUCUUUUUCGCCAUCGAGGUUGGUCAGGGGCACGAGACCGUGAGUAUGUUGGAUAGCGCACUCGCAUACACAGGCGCUCUGUUGACUGAUCAAUUCAACAUCAUCCAGCUCCGCAUGCUAGCGAGCCAACUUCACAUCGCAUUGAGGCCUUUCGGUGCACAAUGUUACUACGACACGGGUGCGAGUCGAAGCACCUCGCGGUACUUUGCAUCUGCUCAUCUCGAGCAAGGCCUAAGGACACCUCGUUUUCAUGCCUCUUUCGGUAGCAUUGCUCUGCCUCUUGGAGGGAAUGCGAGACAGAGCCAGCAACGCGAACCGGACGCCUCGCAAGUUCAACCUUGUCGCUCAAGCGAAGAGGUGCAGAAGAUAGCUCAUGAGGUCUGCCACAAGCUAGACCAGUCCCUGGGCAAAGAUCUGCGAGACUCGUCGUUGAGCGUUACGCGCAUCGUCGUUGGCCUGGGCGACACGGCACGCUGGCUAGAGUUGAAGAACCAGAACGGCUAG